UUAUACAAAAUAAAAUAAACUUAAAAUAACAAAUUUACCCAAAUGCGACACCUGCAACAAAAUCCCCAAGUUUAAUUUCGGCGAGUUUCUGAAAAUACAGAUUUUUCGCCUAUAAAUGUAACGAACACACGCUAAAGAUUACUAUUUUUUCUCUGGUACAUAGCAAGUUGAGAAAAUGGGUAGGCUUUUUGUGUUAACUCUUGAAGGACGCAUCUACAAAUGCAAACACUGUCAAACCCAUUUUGCUUUGGCUGAUCACAUUAUUUCUAAGUCAUUCCACUGCAGUCAUGGGAGAGCUUACCUCUUUGAUAAAGUCGUGAACGUAACAGUUGGAGCAAAAGAAGAUCGGAUGAUGAUGACCGGAAUGCACACUGUUGUUGACAUAUUCUGUGUGGGGUGUGGCUCAAUUGUGGGCUGGAAAUAUGAAGCUGCACAUGACAAGACUCAAAAGUACAAGGAAGGGAAAUUCAUUCUUGAGAGGUUUAAGGUUGCGGGUCCAGAUGGAAGCCUCUAUACAGUAAGCCAUGAUGAUGAGCUUGGAAGCGAUGAUGAACCUUAACUAGCCAUCCUACCAUAUCAUUACUCAUCCCUUUAGUCAAAUCUCGCUUUUCAACUGUACAUACUCUAAUUUCCUCCCCUGUUGGCAUAAGCAACCUCGAUUUUCAUAUUCUAACCUGUAAUAGCCAAGUUUUACAGGAUACUCUUAGAACGGUCAUCCUUUUCGUCCUAGACAAUUCGAAUUGGAAAAUUAGCUCUUAUACUUGUUUUGACAGAAGUGAAGUAUUCAGUAGUAGGUUGGUUCAAGCAACCAGAAAGUGUAAUUUCAGUAUUUUGACUGAAGUUUUUGCCUGA